AUGCCUCAAGAAACCCCGCCACCCAUCCAACAAGAAACAGACAAGCACGAUCUCUCCGACGACGACGACGCCCUUUUCAAAGCUCUAGAGGAAGAAGACAACACCGGUUACCGCGCCCACCGCCUUGAACAAUUAAGCGCAGAAUUUGCAACGGCGCAGAAAUCUAGCAGUCAAAAGACCACCCUCGUUGAAGACUCGCUCUACCCAACUCUGAAAGGCGAUCAAGUGCUUCUAGACUACACAACUCAGACGCAACGAUGCGUAAUUCACUUCGCGCAUCCAGAAUUUGUGCGCUGCGCCACCAUGGAUAACCAUAUCCGGGCACUUGCGGCGCGACAUCAGGAUGUUCGGUUCGCAAGGGUUGACGUGCGCGAAACGCCCUUUGUCGUCGAGAAGUUGAAAAUCAGAAUCCUCCCCUGCGUAAUUGGGUUUUUGGAUGGAGUGGCCGUGGAGAGAGUUCUUGGCUUCGAAGGUUUGGGACCAGGGGGAACUGCUGGACUGGAAGGAUUUAAUACCGCUAGUCUGGAGAAGAGGUUGCUAGGAAAGGGUAUUCUGUCCCAGGCGAGAUUCAGCGCCGAUGACGAGGAGGAAUCAGAUAGGGACAGUGAUGAGGACAACGAUGCAAGGCAGGGCAGACGCGGUAUUCGGACUGGGAUUACGCGAGCCUACAAGGACGACGAUGACAGCGACUGGGACUGAAACGAUAGGCAGUGGUCCGCAUAGCAGACAAUAUCUGACUGUAUUGCGUAUCU